UGUCAGGGUCUGUGGCCCACUCUGUAGGGAAUGGCCAUUCAUAAGAACUAUGGGCGGUGCUGUUACUACGCCAAACCCGCAGGUAUAGGACCUGUUAAAGGGGCUUACAAAACUUGCGCACCAAACAUCUGGAAGUUGCUUUCUGCUUUAUCAGUUUCUCGAUCGCUCUCUCUGCUGUCUACUACUUCCGCAGGGCGCAAAAAGUGCUUAGCCCAUCGUUUCGCAAAAUCGACGGAGCGGAAGGCAUCCCCUGGCUGUUAUUUGCAUGCUUGUUUUGACUGCCAACGGGACGAUUUUUAGGGUGUGCUCUGCAGCAGUGUCCACCAGAAGCUGUUGCCUCCGGAGCAUGGACAUGGGGAAGGAGGAGGGAGAGUUUUCGGGGGACGGCGGCGACUCGCUGCCCUACCAGAAAAGAAUGUGGAAGCAAUUGCAGGGGAAAUCAAAACCUUCUUUUCUGAGCCACAAACUUGCCCCAAGUCGCGGCGGCGAGGGCAAGAAAGAGGGCGGGAUCUGGUUGUUUAAGAAGAAGAAACGGCACCAACGAAACGCCCUGGUGCGAACCCUCUCCUCCUCACAUCCCAACCUGCACUCUUUGGGCUCUCUGCGUGUCGGUGAGCGAGAAGAUAAAAAGCCCCUUCGCUGCGGCGCAGCGGACCCGCGCAUCGGCCAGCAGACCCCCAAGACGGCAGCCGCGGCGGUACACGGGAACAGCACAGCAGGCGCAGGCAUGACCAAACAGACGGGCAGCAUGCAGAAGACAGGUAGCCCCAAUAAGCCCACAGUGGAGCAUUUGGUGCAAACCCACCACCACAAAAGCUCCUCUCUCGGAUCAGCGUGUAUCGAUACGGUGUUGCAGAAGGACCUCGUCCCUAAAUAUGGGGAGAAACAACAGCUGGAUUACGACGAGGAUAUGUCCAUCCCUGUGCCAGGCCAGUGUAAUGCGUCUCCUGCUCCUGCUCUGCCCUCGUCUGGCCUCUACCAGCUGGACAUCCUGCUCAGGAAGGGCAGCAACCUGGCCAUACGCGACAGAGGAGGCACCAGUGACCCCUAUGUGAAGCUGAAGCUGGGGGGUAAGGAGGUGUAUCGCAGCAAGACCAUCCACAAGAACCUCAACCCCGUCUGGGAGGAGAGAGUGUGUCUCAUCGUGGAGCAUCUGCUUGAGCCGCUUUACAUUAAAGUGUUUGACUAUGACUUUGGGCUUCAUGAUGACUUCAUGGGCUCCGCCUACCUUUACCUGGAGUCUCUGGAACAGAACAGGUGA